CAGCUGGCUGCCAGGAAAAGAUACGCCAGGCCAAUGUGAUGUCCAUCUGCCCUUUUUUGUUUGAGUAAGGCAAACGAUGGUUGGCUGUCUCUGGCGAAUCCUGACACGGCAUUUCAGAUGUCUGCACCUGCCUUCCCGGGCAGCACUGUGCCAGUGUUUGCCGCCCAGCGUUCACACAAAUUCAACCCCGCCAUUUUCCCCGUAUUUAUUUGGCUGCAAGUUCAGCUCCCACAACCCAACUUCUGGGCCACCGCAAACUCAGCCCGCCGCCUGGAAGAUACCUCUAGUCCCCCACCCACAACACAUUGAGGUGAUUCUGGGGCAGCAACGAACCUUUGAUCUACCGUACCUACUUUCGUCUUUCUAGAUCGCAUUUGUUCCUUCCUACUGCAAAGGACCUCGGCGUGCCACCAUGGCGGCCACCGAGCUGCUGGAUGCAGCUGGCACGGUCCAGACAUGGUACAGCCAACGGUCAGGCCCAAGGGUCGAUAUCGUGGGCGACUUUGCUGGCAACGACCUCUUCGCUAUCCAUGGCGAGUCUCUGAUGGCUCAGUGUAUCAGCCAGGCAAAGGUUGACUACCAAGACGGAUUCCAGCUUCUCCAUGCGGUCCAUGCGGUCGAAAAAUUCCUCGCAGAUCUGGAGCGAUGCGGAGCUCGCUUCCAUGUUGUCUGGUUCUCGAACCAAGAGCAACUCUGCAUCCCGCCGCAGGCUUUGGAGGCCAACCAUGCCAAGUAUCACCUGACCCGCGCGGUUCUCAUCGAGCACCUCAACCGCAAUGCCGGAAGCGGCAGUCCCAAGGUCUCAUUCGAGUUUCCGGGCUUAUCUAGCCCCGAGUUUGAACUCUACCUUCAAGAGAGUGCGGUUCAAUGCUUCGUGUGCUCGGAUGGUCGCCCUGGGCCGACCGACUCUCCCAAGGACGAUGAGAGACGCCAGAGGUGUCUGGACAUCAUCUUUCGCCUCAACACCCAUGAAUACAGCAUCGCUUUGCUGGACGGCAUGGUGAUGACCUCGUCAAAGGUCUUUACCACUGUCUUUUCUCCCCAGUACUCUUCGGAGCUUCCCUUGGCCCAGGACAAGACGAGCGAUUGCAAUGAGCCACGGAUGAGCUCUCUCUGCUACGAUGUUCUAUCUGUGCCAGCCUCACAUAGCUGGACGAAGUGGGAGGAUGGCACUGCGCUGACUGCACGUGAGGCAUUGACUGUGGCUGCUUUGGCGGAGCUGGCUGGCAAGACUGCUACUCUCGAUUUCAAUGCCAUUGCCUUCCUGAUCCACUUGGUCAUGCUCAGCGAGCUGCCCCUCGCUCAUCGGCGGUCUCCCGCACCACAGAAGCUUGAGGCCCAGGGCGGUUCCUUCUUGUCCCUGGUUGCCGAGAUAUGCGUCAACACAAUCAAGGAUGGCGCAUGCACCGCCGCCGCCUCGAUUCUCCGAGGUCUGGAGUGGGACCUAUUCGACAUGAUCGAUGGACGCUUGUUUCACACCGUAUCAACGAGGCUCGACUCCACAAACCUUACGGACUCUGCCAAGGCAAAGUUGCUUCAAUUGGCGGAAAAGAUUGACCAGCUUUCUCCGGCGGCUGGCUGUAGCAAACUGGCCUGCAGCCUUGGCCAAACCAUCGAUCAAUCUGAAGCGGCUCCGUCAAAAGACACCCCAGACAGCGCGCAAGACGUGCUUCCGUUCAGCCAUCCUGUCCUGGAUGACUUCUUCGGUGGAGUCAGUCUCGAAAUCUCGUCGGCUCCUGAACGGGUGAUCUCCACCGAUAUCUUCCGCGAGGUCUCGCAUUGGCACAAUGCCAAGAAAAAGCUUGGUGGCCGAGCCAAGCCGAGGCCUCUCGAUUUCUGGGCCAGAAAGCGACACCAGAGACUCAUGGCCGAUACCAUCUCAUACGCGGCCAGUCUCUCUGGCGGCUCCGGGGCUACCAUCAAGCCUGAGACAAUCUUUAUGGUGACGUCGGCUCCGGCUGAGAAGGCGCAGGACUGGAAGCUGGCCUUGCGGGAGAAGACGGCAUCCGCCGCCGCCUCAAAGAAGGCCGCUGCCGCUUCCAAGAACGCCAAAAACAAGAAAGGAAAGACAGACUCCCCAAAGGAUCCUCGACAGGCUGCCGCCCAGAAAGCAGACCUCAAGACCGCUGCAGCCCAUCGUGUCUGGGACGUCAAGCGGAAGGAACUCGAAAAAGUGGCAGACUUGCAGAAGAGGCUGAAGAUGACCGAAUUAUUCGAGUCCGAGUUGCUCAAGCCGGCCCAGUUGCACAAGCCGGCCAUGAGCGAGUUCGCACACGACGUAUCUCUAUAUAUUUGCAAGAUCCUCGCCGGAACGCUCAAGGAUAUCAUGCCACGGGCAGUCGAGCACGAGUCGCCGGAGAGCGAGGAGGUUAUGGAUCAUAUCUGGCGACGAAUCACCCACCUCAGAGGGCAGCCGCUUUCCGAAAGCCUAUCUGCAGAGCUGAGCGAGUUCGCAGCAGCUUUACAGGGGUUCACAGAGCGAGCUGCAGCCGAUGGAAAAAACACUCCAGGCACUUCGAUCGAGUUUCAGCUUGAGCGCUACGGACCUUAUAUGGAGCGCGGCUUCGACUCGGCCCCCGACCCGCGUGUGCCCUUCAAGCCUGACGCGUGGCAGAGGAAGGUUCUCGACGCCAUUGAUGACAACAAGAGCAUGUGCGUCAUCGCGCCGACAUCGGCCGGAAAGACCUUCAUCUCCUUCUACGCCAUGAAGAAGGUGAUGCAGACCAGCGACGACGGGGUUCUGGUUUAUAUUGCCCCGACCAAGGCCCUCGUCAACCAGAUCGCUGCCGAGAUCCAAGCUCGCUUCGCCAAAACCUUCAAGUUCGAUGGCAGAUCCGUUUGGGCUAUCCAUACUCGCGACACUCGGGUGAACAACCCUACUGGCUGUCAGGUUCUGGUGACGGUGCCCGAAAUCCUGGAGAUCAUGCUUCUCAGCACAGUCAACUACGAGAAGAAGAGCUCGUGGGCGCACCGCAUCAAGCGGAUCAUAUUCGACGAGGUCCAUUCCAUUGGCCAACAUGAGGAGGGCAUCAUCUGGGAGCAGCUCCUGCUUCUCGCCCCAUGCCCCAUCAUCACGCUGUCCGCGACGGUUAGCAACCCUGAGGACUUCAAGGAGUGGCUUGUGGGCUCACAGAGCAACAAAGGCUUCGGCAUGGAAAUGAUUGUUCAUAACUCGCGCUACUCGGACCUGCGCAAGUAUAUCUACACCCCACCUGCUCGGCCUGACCCUUUUCAGGGGCUCCCGCGGAAAGACCCCCCCGGCACUCCUGAACUGGACAGGGCUGGAGCUCCAUUUGCCUUUGUGCACCCUGUGGCGGCUCUUAUUAAUCGCCACCGUGGCAGGCUUGAUGACAUCAAUCUUGAGGCUCGGGAUUGUCUCACUCUCUGGCGCAGCAUGAAGAAGCACGAAACACCCGAGUUUCCUGUUGGCGAGAAUCUCGCUCCUUCCAAGGCCCUGCCAGCUAUUGUCAAGAAGGCGGAUGUCACGCGUUGGGAGACAGACCUGAAAGCCCGCCUACUUGAUUGGAUGAACCAGCCGGACUCGCCCUUCGCCGCCGUGCAGGAGGAGCUCAAGGUCAAGCUGCCUCAAGGUGGAGAAGGCGAGACUCGCGUGCCCCCUCCGGGAGAGACAGGGAACCGUAAGGAGAGCGGCGAAGCAUACAUGAACGACUUCUACCUGCUCCUGGAUCUUCACCGUCAGAACGCCCUCCCUGCCAUCAUCUUCAAUUUCGACCGGGACGAGUGCAUGAACACCCUCUCCACGGUCUUGAACGAGCUGGAGAAAGCCGAGAGUGAGUACAAGAGGACGAGCAAGAAGUGGGAGAGCAAGAUGGAUAAGUUCAACGAGUACAAAAAGACUCAAGCCAAGCGCAAGCCGUUCGCGAAGUCUACAGCGCCUGCGGACGACGACGGAGCCACCAAGGGAGAUAUACAACGAGAGCUCGCCGAGACGGAGACCAGCUCUUGGGCGGGAUUUGACCCUGAAGCCCCCCUGGACGACUUUAGCUUCGCCAACUCGAGUGUCUGCUCGCGCUCCGAGCUCGAGGAGCUGAUCUGGGUUCUUGGGAGGCGAGGCAUCAACAACCCGACGCUGAUCAACGGUUUGCGACGCGGCAUUGCCUGCCAUCAUGAGGGACUGCCGUUCAAGUAUCGUCAAACGAUUGAGAAGCUCUGCCGUCGCGGCUAUCUGACUGUUGUCGUUGCCACCGGAACGCUGGCCCUGGGUAUCAACCUCCCAUGUAAGACGGCUGUUUUCUCUGGCGAUUCUAUCUUCCUGUCGGCACUCAACUAUCGACAGGCAGCUGGCCGAGCCGGCCGACGAGGCUUUGACUUGCUGGGAAACGUCGUCUUCAAUAUCCCUCCGCAGCGGGCGUUCGAAGUCAUGUCUUCUAGGCUGCCCGAUCUGCGUGGCCAGUUUGCCCUGUCUACGAGUCUGUUGCUCCGCGUCCUGGCCCUGUGCUAUCACACCAAAAAUUCGGAUCCCGCCGUCCAGGCGGCCCAAUCGCUUCUCUCUCAGACGCGACUGUACCUUGGUGGCCCGGCGGGCGAGACGGCUGUCAAGCACCACAUCCGGUUCUCGAUCGAAUACCUCCGCAGGCAGCACCUCCUCUCGCAAGAUGGCGCGCCACUCAACUUCGCGGGCCUCAUCAGCCACCUCUACUGCACCGAGGACUCGUCAUUUGCGUUCCAUUCCCUGCUCAAGGAGGGCUACUUUCACCAGCUGUGCGCCGAGGUGGAAUCACGCCGCUCUGAAGUGCUGCUCGAGCUGAUGCUUGUUAUGAGCCACCUCUUCGGUCGGUUGCCAUGCGACCAGUAUAAGGACAAAGAGUGGCUCAAGAAGAUCAAAGACUCGCCGUCGAUUGUUUUGCUUCCGCCCGUUCCGAAAGCUGCCCACGCCCUCCUCCAUAGGCACAACAAGGAGACCCUGGAAACCUUUUUCAACUAUGUGCAGACUUUCGUCCGUCAGCAUCUUUCAGAAGUGCCCGACAACGAACUUCCCUUCACCAAGUGCCGUGCUGGCGCAGCAGGAGCCCACGCCCCCGGCGCCCUCACCAUGGUCCCCGGAGCGGCCUCUCUGCCCCCUGGCCCGAAGAUCCGGUCCCCCUUCGCGGCCCUGUCCGGGUUCGGUGAUGAUUUCUACUCGAUUCAUGAUCUGUGCGCAAACGUUCGCGCCGGCGUCUUCCUGGACGAGCCGUCGGUGCCUUUCAUACCCGUCUACCCGGAAGAUACGGAAGGCACGCCCUGGAACGCGUACCUCUACGACUUCUACAUGCACGGCGAUCUCGUGGCCCUGACGCGUGACAACGGCAUUAAGAAGGGCGACGUCUGGUACCUCCUCAAGGACUUCUCCCUAACGCUCGCGAAGAUCAUCACUUGCCUCACCAGCCUCAUCGACCCCAAGUCCGGCAGCGGCGACGUGUCGGAGAUCCAGGACGCUCAGGACCGCAACAACGACGUGUCUGAAGAGAAGCAGAUAAUGAUGGAGGAUGAGCAGGCCGCUACUGGCGAGGGCGGCACUGCUGUUUCCGCUGCGGAUGAUGACUUGGGCGUCAGGAAGAAGAAGGGCAAGGCCAAGGCUCUCGAUUCUUGGGAGGACGGCGACGAUUCGGAUGACGACAUCUAUGGCGGCAGUGGCGGCGAAGGCGAGGGCGGCGUCCCAGCCUGGCAGCGAGGCGAUGGCAGGAACCUCCAGAAUGUGCUGAAGACCUUUGUUUAUCUUCAGCAGGAGUUCGACGAGAAGUUCCUGAAGAUCUGGGCCUAAAAGUGUUGCGUCGUACCACAUGCGCAGGCGAUGUAUCACCUGGCUUCGUUUCGCUCUUGUAUGCCUUGUUGGGUAGGUUUCCUGGCGGUGCCUUAUGGGAAGCUUCUGCCAUCUUGCUUUCCGCAAGCAUCUCAGGAAACCUCUUGAGAAGCUCUGACUUCCUAUUUUGCGAGGAUAGAGAAUGAGAAUACUUGAUUGUACACCUAUCGGCUGCUUUCACCUUUGCAUCAUAAGAACUCGUUUAACGCCGUCUCUUUUUGGGAUUGGCCGUUCCCUAUGGCCAAAUCUGUCCCUCAUCAGUCCUGCCUCCGCUGUCUCCUGCGUUUAGAGACGUAUCGAGACGUAUCUGUAGUUUUGGUGCAUUGUUUUAAAAUUCCGGUUGCCUGGGAAUUGUGGUGAUCCUGUGUAUUGUUUCGAAGUCCAUCAAUCUUUUUCACGUCC